CCGUUGGGACAGCAAGCAGCGACGUCACCAAACAUGACAGGAAGUGUUCUGUUGCUAGCAGUCAGCUGAUACAGCAACAACACCGUCUACGGCUCCCGUCGGUCAAAGAUGGCCUACCCAAAGUCCCACAACCCGUUUGCAGAUGAUGACGAUGAGGAAGACUUUAGACCUAAAAAUAGAGGGUUUGAUGACGACCCCGAUGAUGGCUUGACUGAUGCAGAGAGGAGGCAGAGGUACCUCCAGCAGGAGGUGAUGCGUACAGCUCAGUCUGCCGUUGACAGUAGUCACCGUUCCCUCAGCCUCAUCUAUGAAUCAGAGAAGAUGGGUGUGGAGACGGCAGAGGAGCUAAUGCGUCAGGGUGAGGUUUUAAAGAGGACAGACAAAAUGUUGGACAACAUGGAUCAGGACCUGAAGACCAGCCAGAAGCACAUCACUAGUAUCAAGAGUGUAUGGGGCGGCCUGGUCAAUUACUUCAAGGGCAAGCCAGAGACAAAGCCGGCACCGGAACCAAAGCCCUACGAGGCCAGCGACAGAUUACAGAAUGCCUUGUCUGGCAGCAGAGAACAUGAAGAUAAGUACCAAGCAAGUCACCCCAACCUAAGAAAGCUGGACACAGGAGGAUUUGGAGCGUCUGCAUCAGUAGAUGAUACCUCAUCCAGACAGAAUGGAUACCCUCAGAACAGACAACUUAGGCAGGCUCACCAGACCCUGGAUACAAACUUAGAUGAAAUGUGUGAUGGCCUGAAAAGGCUGAAGAACCUCGGAUUGGGUCUCCAGUCCGAGAUUGACGACCAGGACGCCUCCAUUGAUGCUCUGCUGAAUAAAGCGGACAAGAUGGACGUCAAGAUCCACAACACAAACCAACAGAUUAAAAACCUCAAAUGAAACAAGUGCUCUGGACUCACCUCACAGAGUCGGAACAACAGCAUCCUCUCACUUGGCUUCCAUCCUGGCCUCUGUCGAAUAAACUUACUCCUUGAUUUUGUUUUUUUUGUUUUUUUUGUUUUGUUUUGUUUUUAAUGAAUUGGAAGAUGUAACUCUGACAGAUAAACAAGUGAACACCCUUUUUUAUUCACAUUAUUUUAUUCUUAAAUGACUGACUGGUAAUUCCCAAUUCAUUUAUGUUUCAGUUUUGUCCAGUCUGAGUUUGCCUGAAAAUUCCUCCAAUCACUGAGUUUUAUAGUGAUACAUUGAUAGAGUGAAUUCUGUCCCGCCCACACUCGCACAUGCCUUUUGGAGACACCCCACCUCAAUAUAACUGUGAUUAUUUUACCUGUGUGCUAUGAAGGGAAGACUCCCAUGUGUGUUUUAGAUCGAAGGGACUGUGUGUCUAGAUAAAAGCUCUGUUUGUAGUCAGGUGAAUUUGCGUUGGUUAGAGGAUCAGAGUAUCACUUUGGCGAUCAAGAAAAACUGAACACGGCUUCUGUCCUAAACUGGAAUGUUGUUAGUGUUUGUUGAUAUGUCAACACUAACUCUGGACCUGCAUUCAGCUAUGUACAAAAACACUUUGGCAGUCUGCUCAAGUCACAUUUGCCUUAUAUGUGAUAUGUAUGUACAGUAGGCAAAAACAUUUGUUUCUGUGCCGUGAUUCUGCCUCCACUGGUACAUUUCCUCAGUAUAAGAUGCUUCACUUUGUUUGAUCUUCUGAAAUUCUUGUUUGAUUUAUGCUCAUGUUCAAUGCUUUCCCUUGAAUUUUACACAUUGUUGAUAUAGAUUAAUAUUGUAUUUGAAUGUUGCAGGGCGGGAUUGAGUGAAAGAUGGAAUAGCAUAAAUAAUGUGAACAAAUAUGCUUUGAAUAUAAAACUGAAACUGAAAGAAUAUCCCCUCUGUCAUAAUUAUAUAUAUAUCUUCCCUGGUAUAGGGAAGUUAUGGGUAGAUCAGCCAUUUUUAUGACUUUCAGAAAUUAAAAUACAAAUGAAAGCUAUAAAAAUGGGGAAAUAAAUGAGCAUUCAUGUUUUCGCCAUGUAUAUCUUGUAUUCUUAUCAAGACCACAAUAAAAACAUGGAUCAGGGGAGUCUCAGGUGUUUAUGAACUGUGUUCCUGUUACAAAUGGAGCAGGAAGUCAAAAUCACCACAAGGUGACGCCACAGUUUUAAAUAGAACUUGCAUGAGGUUAUGUUGCAACAUACUACUGUUCAUCAUUCAUUAAACUUAAUGCAUUAA